GUAGGAGGGGACGAAAAGAUGAGAAAUGUAAAUAGUAAACAAACAAGAAAACGUACGUGCUGGCAUGCUUGGGCCUGAUUGGAACUGCAGUACUGUACUUGGGCUAGGCGGCUGUAAUUAAUUGUUUCGCUAGGCUGCUAAACUGAAGAGAAUUGCAAUGGAUGGAUUGGGUGAAAUAAUGAAGCACAUCACACCAGGCAGACGUUUGCCCGGGGACCCCAACUUUGCUGCCGGUGACGCUAUUUGCGGUCCUUAUAAAAUACUUGGGAUUGUUGAUGUCGACGUUAUUGAAGAAAACGUCCAAGUAUUUAUCUGCGAGGUUCACGGAUGUUCAAAGAAAUUGUCAAGCUCUUUAGAGCUUAAUCAACACUACAAUGUUUUCCAUAGGUAUGAAUGCACUGUGUGUCGCAAACACCUGGCGUCAGCACACCUCCUUGACAUUCACAUUUGUGAGUCACACGACACCUUCUUUGAAUUGCAAGCAUCAAAAAAGCCUAUGUAUUCGUGUUUCGUGGCUGAGUGCUCUGAGAAAUCGUGGAAUGCCAAGGAAAGGUUAGCACAUUGUGUGGACGUCCACCAUUAUCCAACCAACUUUCGCUUGGACAAAGUGCCCAGAUCAAAGAGUCGCAAUAAUCCCAACGGCAUGGACGUGGACAAAGCUGAUACCCCUGUAAAUAAUGUUAAGCCAAAAAAUCAACCCAAGAAGAAAUCACAGACCAGAGAGUCCAACGCAAGCCAGAAAGCCCCCAUGAUCCUUGGUGGUGGCCGACGUGGUCGAGGGCGACCAACAGCAAGCUGGCAUCAUAAAGUGACAGUUCGAACGAGCGCUGAGCAAUCGUCUGCAAUAGACAUGCAAGAUUUGGAAUUUUCAUUGCCUCAAGACUAAAAUAUGGUGUUGUUAUUUCUGUUGGGAAAAGGAUUCUUUUAUUUUAACAAUUGAAUUGGGUCAGAUUUCCAUUAGUCUUACAAUUAGUGAAAAAUGUUAUAUUUUAAACUUAAAGAUUGAAAACUACAAGAAUUUAAAAAAAUUUAACAAUAAAAAUGGUGAUUUUAUACUGAGA